AUGCAUAUUCAAAACUUGCCUGCUGAACUGUUGAAAAAGAUUUUAUACCAUGUCUCAACAACUAAUGAUUACACACUCGCUUCAACGAGUAAUAGCAGCAGCACUUCUAGUAGUAAUAGUAGUGCCAUCAAUUUAUUGAACUGUGCAUUGACUUGUAAGAAUUGGAGUUACCCUUCACUUCAAUUGCUAUGGCACAAGCCCAUCAUUUCCAAACCUCAAACAUGGCUUCAGGUCCAAAGGGUAUUAAUGAAACAACAACAAUCGUCCUCUUACUGCAGUUACGGUCACUUUAUUCGACGUCUCAAUCUCUCCGCCGUUGCUGAUUUCAUAAGUGACGAUACACUAUAUCUUCUCGUUAACUGCUGUCAACAUCUAGAUCGACUCACGCUGACAGGCUGUCAUCAUUUAACCAAUAGAGGAUUGCAAACCUUUCUAUCCUUGCCAUCAACAAGCUUACUGCUUAGUCAUUUGUUAUCAUUGGACUUGUCUGAUAUUCCUCAUCUAUCAGACGAAACAGUAGCAUUGAUUGCGAAUACAUGUACAAAGUUACAAGGACUGAAUCUCAGCGUUGCCUACGAAGAAGAUAUCUAUGGAAUAACCGAUAAGAGUAUCAUUGAGUUAGCCAAAAAUUGUAAUGAUUUGAGGAGAAUUCGAUUAUCCAAUUGGCGAUCUAUCACAGAUGCAUCCGUCAUUGCUCUGACUACCCAUUGUCCAUCACUGCUGGAAAUCGAUGUCGUUCAUUGCUGCGUUACCAACCAAUCCUUGCAAAGCAUCUUUACACAUUGCAAAGAGCUUCGAGAAUUAAAACUUAAUCAUUGCUCUCAAAUAACUGACGAAGGGUUUCUGCCUCUUGUGCUUCAGCAACAACCUGUUACGAAUCUCUUUGCCCAGCUACGUAUUUUGGAACUCACCAAUCUCUCUUUUAUUACUGAUCAAUCCAUUGAUUAUAUCACGCAAGCUGCACCCAAAAUUCGGAAUCUUGUUCUUAACAAAUGUAGUCGUAUCACGGAUACAGCUGUCAUGCACUACAUAACACGCUUAGGUCAUCAAUUACAUUAUCUUCAUUUAGGAAAUUGUAAACAUAUCACCGAUCAAGCUAUCAUACAACUGGUGGCUCAUUGCCCGCGUAUUCGUUAUAUUGAUCUGACAAGUUGCCAUCGAUUGACAGAUACAGCAGUAGUAGCGCUGUCUACUUUACAAAAGCUAAAACGUAUCGGUCUCGUGAAAUGUCAUCGCAUUACCAACCAAGCCAUUUUUGCUUUGGCACGUUAUCAACAUAAAAACAACACAUCAACAUCAUCUUCUCUUGAACGCGUUCAUCUCUCGUACUGCGAACAGUUAACUGUACCAGCCAUUGCUACACUUAUCUUACAAUGUCGUCGUCUCACUCAUCUCAGUCUUAGUUUUAUACCAGCUAUGCAGCAAGAGGAAGUAGGUCAAGAAAUAGUGCAACGAUUCUGUCGACCUCCUCCUAGAGAAUAUAAUACACCAGAAUUGCAAAGAACCUUUUGUGUUUUUAGCGGACAUAAAGUAUUUCAUGAACUGAGAAAGUAUUUUUUGACAAGACAGCAACAGCAUCAUAGAUCUGAAUAUUACCAUCAAUAUCAUUAUCAGCAACAACAACAACAGCAGCAGCUAGCAAUUACAUCAAGUAUGAGAAUGUUACACUUAUCAUCCUCAACUGCUGCUACGACUAUGACUACUACCAAUACUACUGCUAGUUUUGGCAUAAACAAUUAUCGUCAUGAGGGAGGAAACUUUACAGCAGUUGGAGCAGAAGAAGUUGGUAACACUAUUCAUCAUAACGAUAGUGGAGAUCUGUAUAGAAAUGCUUAUGCAGGAGGAAGAGUAGUUUAUCAAUAUCAACAUGCUGAAAGAAGAAGGCUUCCCCAACCACAACAACAACAUCAGCAAGUAAAUGAAGUGACGGUUGGCUUGGAAAGAACGUCCAUUAUUUAA